UUUGUGUCUUGCAUCUCACUUUAGUUCCACAGUAGUUUUGCAAUUAUGGCGGAUCCGCUGAGUUUACUUCGUCAGUAUAAUAUCAACAAAAAGGAGAUUAUCGAGCGUGAGGGGCAGAUAAUCUUUGGUGAAUUCUUGUGGCCGAAACAUGUAAAGACCAACUAUCUAAAAUAUGGUUCCGGAAAGAAGGGGGCUCCGCGGGAGUAUUACACAUUGGAAUGUCUGCUGUAUUUGCUUAAGAAUGUCCAGCUACAGCACUCCGUCUAUGUGCGACAGUGUGCGGCGGAAGACAUUCCGGCUGUCAAUCGUCCGGACAGAAAGGAACUUCUUGCUUACCUCAAUGGGGAGACAUCGACGUGCGAGAGUAUCGACAAGAGUGCCCCCCUUGAGAUUCCCACACAGGUGAAGAGAACCAUUGAACCCGAUGGGAAUGAAUCUCUGGCUAAGAAGGCUCGCUUCGAAGACACGCAAGUGCAGAAGGUGAAGGAACAGCUGGCGGCGCGUCUCGAUGUGAACAAGAAGGAGGCAUCUGUGAAUAUUGACAACAUCAAAUCGCUGUCUGAGACGAUGUCCGUGGAGAAGAUUGCUGCCAUCAAGGCAAAGCGUUUGGCCAACAAAAGGACCACCAUCAAGAGGAAUGACAAUGACGACACAAUGGGUACAGAUCUCAGGGCAAUCUUGGAUUUCGACGUUGACUCCACGAAGGACAUCAUUAGUCGCGAAAGGCAGUGGCGCACACGCACAACAAUCCUCCAGAGUACGGGGAAGGUCUUUGCAAAGAACAUCCUGGCCAUCUUGCAGGGGAUUAAGGCACGCGAGGAGGGUCGUACCAAGCCCCCGGCACCUAUUCGUAUGCCUGAACCUCCUCGUAUGGCCCGUACUAUUCCACAGCCGGCGCAGUACAAUCGUUACGAUCAGGAGCGCUUCAAUAGGCAAAAGGAGGAGACUGAGGGCUUCAAGAUCGACACAAUGGGCACGUAUCACGGCAUGUCGCUCAAGAGUGUGACCGAGGGGUCGGCGCAGCACAAGAAAACCCAGCAAAUUGCUGCAAUGCCCCCGGGACGUCCCAAGGAACUCAUCCCAACGGCUCAGGCGCGUCUUCUACCCCAAAAUCCCAAUAAACGUGUCUCCCGGACUCCCAUCAUUAUCAUCCCUGCUGCCACCACGAGCCUCAUUACGAUGUACAAUGCCAAGGAGAUUCUGCAGGAUCUACGGUAUGUAUCGCAGGAGGAGAAGAAAGCCAACGGGGGGCAGCGUGAGAAUGAGACACUGCUGCAGAGGCGCAAGGAUGGACAGACAACGGUGCCGUAUCGUGUGAUUGACAACCCACAGAAGCUUUCGCCACACGACUGGACACGCGUUGUGGCGGUCUUUGUCAUGGGGCCUGCUUGGCAAUUCAAAGGAUGGCCAUGGGAUGGGAAUCCCGUGGAGAUCUUCUCGAAAGUCUGCGCUUUCCAUUUGCGCUUUGACGAGAUGAAGCUGGAUGCAAAUGUGGCACGCUGGGCUGUCACGGUGCUCAGUUUAUCUCGCACCAAGAGGCAUCUCGACCGGGCUGUUUUGAUGACCUUCUGGGAAACCCUGGACAAGCAUAUGAUAAAGAAUAAGCCAGAGCUUCGCUUCUAACUUCCUCCACGUUGCUGUUAUUCUGGCGCUACUACACUACACCGGGAGAAGGUCUGCAUAAUGGAGUCUCCUGGAAUGGAGGAAAGCAACAACAACAAAAGAAUCCACAACGUCCACUCCUCCGCUAAGAUUUAGUCAAGAAGUUACUGUAAAUUAGCGACGACGAGAAAUUAUAAAAGAAAAAUAAAAAGUAAGUGAAAGAAA